AUGACAACGCCAGCAGACAAUGAGCAGCCAUGUAAUGUUCCAGAGAAAGGUCCCCCGGAGAGCAAUCCACAGACGCCCCGCGAGCCUUCCAACUUAGACAGGCGAAAGCUCCUCAUUAUCGUCGCUGCCUUUAUGCUCAAUUUCUCCGGCUGUAGGCUCCUCUUCAGCUUUGGUAUAUACCAAUCUCUUUACGAGGACAUGUCGCGAAAGGAGAAUAAUCCAUUCACCGGUGCUUCGUCGGCCGAGAUUUCGUUGAUCGGGAGCAUAGCUGCAGCUUUCAUGAAACUUGGUGCACCAUAUGUCGUGGCAUGGUGCAAGUACCUCAGCCCCCAGCGAGUGGUCUUUGUGGGAGGGCUCAUAUACGGGGUUGCCAGUGUUCUUGCCAGUUUUGGUCAAGCCUUGUGGCAUUUCCAACUCACUCAAGGGCUGUUGAUUGGUAUCGGUACCUGCCUUUCCUUUAUGCCAUCUAUGGCAGCCCCACCGAGCUGGUUCGGAAAAUAUCGCGGACUGAACAUGGGCAUUAUUUCCGCCGGAACCGGUAUCGGGGGUCUUGUGUGGUCUCCAAUACUAACAGCAUGUAUUCAGAAUCUUGGGUUCCGAAAUACACUCCGUCUGACAGGCUGUAUUUGCACUGUUCUGAUUUGUGCAUCGGGCGCUGUUUCUGGUCUUCUGAAGGUCCCCUUUCCUCCUCGGGAAAUCGUUACAACGCGCAAGUUCGUCGCCCAGAGCCUCAAUGCUGUUUUGCAAAGCGCGGCAUACUAUACGCCUAUUUUCUACAUUGCGGCCUAUUCCAAAACCCUUGGCAAUGCCUGCAAUGCUAUUGGGAAAGUCGGGGUUGGCUUCGUGGCAGACAAAAUAGGACGACUCGACUCAUUCUUUCUGACGACUCUUCUGAGCUCCGUGUCUACAGCAGGCUUAUGGGUUCCAAGCACUGUUAUCGGUACCACGAACAAAUCAUCCGGAAGAGGUCUUUUUAUUGGAUUCACUAUCCUUUACGGCCUCUUUGCGAGCGCAUAUAUUGGCUUGUUCUCACCCGCCUUGGUUGAGUUCUUUGGAAUGGAAAAUAUGCCGCGAAUAACGGGGAUUAUGUACUUCCUGCAGGGGGCGGCAGGAUUUGUUGGAACGCCAGUCGUUGGUGUCCUAGUAGGAUCUCUAGGAGGAAAUCUGGCACCAGAAAACUAUGUAUAUAUGGCGGUCUUUGUGGGAGCAUUGAUGGUUGCAUCAACUGUAACCGUCUUCUGGGCUCGCAUGGAAGUCAUGGUAGAACGCAUGCAGGGCGGGACACAAUGGCUGUGGAGAUUGUAAUUACUAUCAAAAUGUACUAAGAUCGAGUGUCAGAAGGAUAGUUCCCGUUG